UAAGCUACUGUUGCCGUUACUGUUUCAAACGUUUUCAAUUUGAAGCCAAUUUGUUAAAUUGGCGGGUUUUCAAAGGAAGAUUGAAUGCUAUAAGGACUGUUAUCUGAUUUGCACAAGAUUUUUCUUUUUUAUGAUAGACGCUACGUUUAGUUUUUGCGACAUUAGUUUUCCAACAUAAUGUUACUUGUUAUUUUGAUACUUUUACGUUUUGCGGAUUAAAACUAGUUCCUGUUGACAGUUUGGGGUAAACACAAAAUAAACUGAUGGGAAUAUGAAACCGACCCGGAAAAAAUAGCGUUUGGAAUUACAACUAUUGCAUCCUUCAAUUUUUUUUUAUGUUUCCGUGUGAACUUUUUUAAAACUGGUACAAUAAAACAUAACUAUGGCGCUUAUUCCCUAAAAUUAUGUGUUGACUUCAUAGAAGCGGAAGUAUAUUUACGUAUAUAAUCACAAUAUGAAUAAGAAUUCACGCUUUAACUUAUGACAAUGAAUGAAAACAUCAGUGAUAUUUCAAAAGACAUUAAACAUCGAGCGUACAUGCUUUAUUGGAAUGAACAAAACACGGAAUAUCUAACACCAAAUACUAUCUUGCUGUCGAUUUUUCUAUUAAUAGGAGUUCCGGGCAAUUUAGCCGUUAUAUUUGUCUAUCAGUUUCGCCUUAGCAAGAAGACAAAUGGACGAUAUUUCAAUGUGCCGCUUGCUUGGGUUGAUACGGUCGCGUUGUUAAUAUCUGGAGCGUACAAUCUAACACAGAACACAAGGCACGUGAUUUUUCCGGGAUUCGGAGUAUGUAAAGUGUUAAAAUAUUCGAGCUAUGUAACUAUAAGCACUUCACUAUAUCUUUUGGGUGUUAUUGCAAUACAACGAUAUUUGAAAAUAUGCAGACCCUUUAAGAGGCAAAUGAAUUUGAAAUGGAUGCGUCGUUCUGUUAUGAUUUGUGUACUGGUAUCAGUCGUAUUGUAUAUACCACUGCUCUUGUACUAUGGACCUGUUGAAAUAAAGAAUCCUUAUUUUAAUGUUACUGGCUGCCAGUGCAGUAAACUCCCUGGUUCCCAAACAAAGCUGAAAUUGUUAAAGAUUUUCCAAGGAUUCUGGUUUAUCGUCUCAUGUGGCGAUGUGUUUUUAAUAACAAUACUGUACAUAUUAAUAGCAAAAGUCAUUAUUAAGAAUGCAAGGAAGAUGAAACAUGUGGAAAAGAAAGAUAGGACUGAUCCGAAAAUACAAAUGAUUAUGCAACCCUCAUCAGGAGAAUCUGAACUAGAAACUGCAACUCCAAAUACCGAAGCAUCGGGAAAGCACACGAAGUCUAAUCAACAAAACGGUGCAUUCAAAAUAUCUCUCAUGUUUAUGACGAUAUCUAUAGUCGGAUUUCUGGCUUACUUACCUGCGUGGACCCUUAUAGUUCUCGAAACAAACAACCCUUCGUUUUGGAAAAACCUUUCCUCUGUUUCUUUUCACAUAUGCCUAGUAUUACGUAGAAUGUACAUGGUUAAUCAUUUGUGCAAUCCUUUUAUAUAUGGAGUGUUCGAUACGGCUUUCCGAGUAGAAGUGAAAAAAAUGUUUGGGAAAGACUGAUAAAGUAAUCACUAAUCUAUAUUUGCUGUGC